AUGGUCAAUAACGCGAACGUUAAUCUCCCCGUUGCUAAGGGCCGUGAAAGCGAGCCUAUUACACGGGCUGAGUUCACCCGGUUUGUGGAUCAAACCGAUCGUAGGUUUCAAGAAAUCCUUGAAGCCAUACAGCGUUUAUCCACAAACCCCGCACCCGGCGUUCUUCCGGCCGAUCGACUUCCCGUCGGUCGUGAUCCUGAAGUUGUUGUGGAUCGUGGGGCCAAUAUCCGACAUAGACGGGUAGACUAUGUCGAAGACUCUGAAGACGAAGACGAGGAAGAUUUCCUAGACGAGCCUAUUCGAAGAGGACGGCGGAAUGAUCGUGUCCAUGGAAGUCGGCGCUAUGGAGGACAUCGGCGGGAUCCGGAGCAAUAUCGGUUAAAGGUAGAUCUACCAACCUUUAACGGGAAUUUGAAUAUCGAAGAUUUCCUGGAUUGGUUGUGGGAAGUUGAAAAAUUUUUUGACGCCAUGGAGAUUGAAGAGGAUCGACAAGUUAAGUUAGUUGCGUACAAACCGAAGGGUGGUGCCUCGGCUUGGUGGGAGCAAACGCAAUUAACCCGACGUCGACAAGGAAAGGCUCCCGUCCGAACGUGGAAUCGCAUGAAGCAGAUGCUGAAGUCCCGGAUCCUCCCUACCGAUUAUGAGCAGCUGUUGUUCCGGGAAUUUCAGAAUUGCAAGCAGACGAACCGAACAGUCCAAGCCUAUACGGAAGAGUUCCUCCGACUUUCCGCCCGCAAUAACCUAGCUGAAUCGGAAGCGCAACAAACCGCUAGGUACAUAAACGGCUUGCGAUUGAAUAUUCAAGAUCGUGUUUCUUUGCAUCGUGUAUUUUCUGUUGAAGAUGCCCAGGAGAUGGCGCGAAAAAUUGAGAUACAAUUGGAGAGGACUAGCCCUAGUAUUCGUGGAAGCAAUUAUUCUGGUUGUGGAUCUUUCGGAAAAGGGAAACAGAUCGAUGCUUCAGGUUCCUCAACUCAGUAA